UGCGUUGGACAAAAAGCGGAAAACUGUGCAACGAAAACCACACACCACCAUUGUGUAAAAAACGCGCUCAAUUCUCCGGAUACCAAGGAAAACUUGCCGAACCUCAACAAAUCUUGCUCAAAAUGCCCAAAACCAAGAAACAGGAAAGCUCCACAGAUUCCGAUACCAGUUUCGAAGAUCGUACGCCGGCAAAGAAGCCAAAGUCGACGGAGAAAGCUGCCUCCACGCCCGGCAAGGAUCCGAAUGUGUUCGAGCUGGACAAAAAUCGCAAGAUCACGGUAAACGAGUUCAAGGGCAAGGUGUACGUGGGCAUCCGGGAGUACUACAGCAAGGAUGGGCAGGAUUUGCCUUCCAAGAAGGGCAUCAGCCUGACGGUGCCACAGUGGAAAACGUUGCUCGAGCACGCGGACGCCAUCAACGAGCAGAUCAAGAAGUUCUAAAGCUUCGCGCUCAAUUCCUUCCGUUGCCCUUUUUUCUCAAGCAAAAAAGCACACCAAUGUAAGAUCAUCCGAUUGUUUUGUUAAUAAAUUACAGCUCUUCUGCGUGGUCGCAGGCGUCCAUA